UGUCAACAUAUGUCGGGUGACAGGCAUGAAGAUACUUUUCCCUCGGCCGUAUCGGGCCGUAUGGACCCUGCAAUGUUUCUGGGUCGGCUUGACGGGCAGUCGAAGCUGCUGGUGCGGGCUCUGCUGUGUGGAAGCUCCGGAGCAUAUAGAGCUCUGCAGGUCUUUCGGCGGCAACAGCGAGCCAACCCCGACAUGUCGUUGUCUAACUUCAUAGAAACCCUCUGCCAAGACGAAGUAUGCGUUCCAGAUGGGACAGGACAGCCACUCGCAGUUGGACCCCUGGUGUGGCUGUUUACAGCAUUAUUUAAAAAAAACCUGCUGUCCUUCAUCCAUCUGGUCUACUUGAGUCUUCCCCGCCCCCCUGUCCUCCAUCUUCUGGAAUGCCUCUGCCAGGACCCUCAUAGAAAUCCCUGGAUGAUCGCUAUGAUAAGACAGCUGGAAAGAAACCUGGAGGCCCACAAUGAGGAGCCUCUUUACACUCUUCACUGCAGCCAGAGACUCAAGGAGCUGUCGCAGCGUUUGGUUGGUUCUGAUGAAACAGCAGGAUGGUGCUUCAGUGGUCCAACAUCUGCAUGUGAGAGUGCAUCUGGUUCAUCAGAGCUGGGGACACAACGGAAAAGGAAGGGCAGCUUCCUUGCUCUGGACUCUGAUGGUGAGGACACUCUACAGAAAAGUAAACGGAUAAAGGUGGAUAUCUGUGGUAGUGAAAGUCUAGAUGCUGAAGAACAAAGUGCAACAGAAGAGAAAACAGGACAAUUAGGAAAUGAUGCCACAGCAGAAACUACUGCUGAAGAAAGGAAGCCAGCAACAGCAGAAAGUCCAAGUGAUGUUCUGCCUGAACAUAUAAAGGUCUCUGUUAUUCAAAUGAAAGAAUUACUUGACAGUCAAACAGAGUGGGACCAGAGCUCCAUGGAGGUGUUUGAAGUGCUGAACAACUGUGACCCUGUCCAAGUGGAGCUGUUGUGCAGCAUGCUGCAUUUUCCAGACUUACCGGAGCAGAUCCUGCCUAAACUCUGCAGCAGUAUUUUGGCUCCCUCUUUCGACUUCAGCUACAGCACGGCAGCAACCCUAAUCAAGAGUCUCCUGCUGCAGAAGAUCCUUUCCAUGUCAGAACCGGCCUCCAGAUGUCUCGUCACUGCGGGGACGUCGCUCUGCAGCCGCUACCCCAGACCCAUGUGCCAUGCUCUGAUUGGAACAGUUCUAGAGGAUAAUAACAUUGGGAAUCCACAGGCUGAGCUGCUGAACAGACUGAUAGAAAGCUGCCUUGACUCCCAUUACAGGCUGCUGGUUCUCCAAAUGACAUUUAAAAUAACGUGGAGUGAGGCAGUGCUCUCCAUUAUCCACAGCUUGCUAGACUCCAAGCCUGACCUGAGUGAAGAACUGUUCACACAGUUCACAGAACAGCUUUUAAGACAGGGUCCUAAAUUCACAAAGUCUGUGAAGUUUGCGAAAAUGAUGCUAACAGUCCUCACCAAAUAUAACAGUCAUGUGACAGCUGAGCACAAACAGUCCCUGCACAGCUGCCUGAUGUUAAAUGAGACCUUCCUGAAAAAGUCUCUCCUAUCUGCUUUGAAAAGACUGGUGCACUCAUGAGGUUUCAUCUGACCUAAUGCAUGUUAAUAAACUAUAUAAACAAGAUCUACUAAAAA